AUGGAGAAGAGCAUCCCGGAGAGGGUCCACGAUCUCUACUACAGGUUCUUUCCUUCCGCCGAUUGCCCCGUGACGGGCGCUCCGCCCGCGCCGCCGCCCUGCAGCAGCGCUGGACAGGGCCAGUGCCCCGCCUCCGGCAGAGGGGCUGCUUACAAGCAUCCGCAUGUGUACGACGUCUAUGGGAGGCGGAUCGACGAGGAGGCGAGGAGGGAGAGGGACGUGUGGAGGAUGCCGCGGCACUUGUACUACGGCGGGCAAUGGGAGGCGAUGAAUCCGGCCAACAGCAUGCCCCUGCAGCCCAACCAGCGGCGAGCGCCGGGCCAGAAGGAGGAGCUGCCAACCUUCCGCCAGGUAUCCAGCAUCCCCAAGGCGGGCACGGACGAGACGUGGGUGUACCCGUCCCAGCAGAUGUUCUACAACAGCCUGGUGAGGAAGAACAAGGCGGACGACGUGACGGAGAAGGACAUGGCGGCUGUUGUGACCACGCACAACGCUGUCAACGAGGGCACCUGGGCGAGGCUGCUGCAGUGGGAGCAGGCGUAUGGGCGCUUGUUCCCCGAGUCUUCCAAGGACGAGCCGCGGCUGCUCCACUUCAGGGGCCGCCCCCACGACCUGUCUCCAAAGGCGCGCUUGAAGAAGCUCCUUGGCUAUGGCCAGCCGUUUGACCGCCACGACUGGACCGUGGACCGGGGCGGGCGGGAGAUGAGGUAUGUGAUCGACUUUUACUACGACGAUGCUGCGUCGGAGAGCAACCGCUGGCCGUUUUCCAUCGACGUGAGGCCCGCUCUCGACUCCCCGACUGCCCUGCUACUCCGAGCUCGAAUGCUGCUGCACGACAUGCUGGGCGCGGGCGACGCCGCCAGCAAUCCAGUGCCCAGCAGGCACGCUGCUGCACAGGACAGCAAACACUAG